GGCAGAACCAAUCAGAAUCUAGUUUGGACCCACGUCCACUUCCGUGUUUGUUGUUGUUGUCUAGUGUGGGUAUUUUAGCUGUUUAAAAUUAAAACGAAGAUUUAUAUUAAAUAAGAAAUACAAGCGAAUUAUUUGUAUGAUAUAUACUUGUUUUUGUGGAUGUCGGUGCUUCUUGACUAUUUCACACACAUGCGCAAGUCAUCGCUACCGUAAUCUGGUUAGUGUUGUGUUAGCUAAUGCUAAUGAGUCUGUUAGCUUAGCCGCGUUCGGCCGAAUUAAAACCUGAGGACACGGGGAAUCUGUUCAUACACCCGGGUGUGUCAGUGAGCUGAACCAUGGGCUCGGUGCUCGGGCGGAGGAUCGCCGGGGUGGAGGACAUCGACAUCCAGGCCAAUUCCGCCUACAGGUUCCCUCCGAAAUCAGGGAAUUACUUUGCGAGUCACUUCUUCAUGGGAGGGGAGAAGUUUGACACCCCUCACCCAGAAGGUUAUCUGUUCGGCGAGAACAUGGAUCUCAAUUUCCUUGGUAACCGUCCGGUGCAGUUUCCGUACGUGACUCCGGCGCCACAUGAGCCCGUGAAGACUUUGAGAAGCCUUGUGAACAUAAGGAAGGACUCCUUGCGCCUUGUCAGGUAUAAAGACGACGGCGAUUUGCCUACCGAGGAAGGAGCGAAACCCAAGUCUCUAUACGGAGUGGAGUUCACCUUUGACUCAGACGCCCGAGUCGCCCUCACCAUCUACUGCCAGGCGUUUGAGGAGUUCUCCAACGGGAUGGCCGUUUAUAACCCCAAGAGUCCCGCUAUGGUGUCUGAGACUGUGCACUACAAGCGAGGAGUGAGCCAGCAGUUCUCCCUACCCUCCUUCAAGAUCAAUUUUUCCGAAUGGAAGGAGGAAGACCUGAACUUUGACCUGGACAGAGGAGUUUUUCCCAUGGUCAUCCAGGCAGUAGUGGACGAAGGAGACGAUUGUUUGGGACACGCGCAUGUGCUGCUGGCCGCCUUUGAGAGACAUGUUGAUGGAAGCUUCUCAGUCAAACCUCUAAAGCAGAAACAAAUUGUGGAUCGGGUUAGUUACUUGCUUCAGGAGAUCUACGGCAUCGAAAAUAAGAACAACCAGGAGACUAAGCCCUCUGAUGACGAGAACAGCGACAACAGUAACGAGUGUGUGGUGUGCCUGUCAGACCUGCGGGACACACUCAUCCUGCCCUGUAGGCACCUUUGUUUGUGUAACUCCUGUGCAGAUACGCUGCGCUACCAGGCUAACAACUGCCCCAUCUGCAGACUCCCUUUCCGUGCCCUGCUGCAGAUCAGAGCAGUGAGGAAGAAGCCCGGCGCGCUCUCCCCCGUCUCCUUUAGCCCCGUGCUGGCUCAGAGUAUGGAUCAUGAUGAGCACUCGAGCUCAGACUCGGUUCCUCCUGGAUUCGAGCCCAUUUCUCUGCUGGAGGCCCUUAAUGGUCUCACCGCCAUGUCCCCUGGUGUGCCCUCAGCCCCUUUGUACGAUGAGAUCAACUUUUCAGGCAGCCUGAGCGGGGAGAGCAGGCAGCUGAGCUCUCCUGAGCACUCUGGAGAAAGCACUCUUCCAAAAGGGAAAGUCAGCAAGUCACCCGACAGCACGCUGUGCUCACCUUCAUCACCGAUUCAGGAGGAGGACGAGGAGAAGCUGUCGGAGAUGUCUGAUGCACAGGCACACACCCUGCUGUCGAGCAGUCCAGCUCCAACCGAGGGCACCGGGGCAGAGGACGCUCCUGACUCUCUCACUCCAGAAGACGACGACAGGGUGAACUCUGAGGGGGAGAUGAUACCCGACUGUAUCAGCGAGCGCAGCAGCCUGACCAAAGCUGAGAGCGACCCACCCGGUUUGUCAGGCUCCAUGGAGAGUUUGAUCACGCGGAGCACGAGCAGCUCUAGCCAGCCGCUGCUCUGUCCCAUGAGCUCUUUGCACAUGGAGGAUGAAUGACUGGACCUCGACCUCCGUCUCCCCCCUCAGCCCAGCACAAACCUCCGUCUUCUUCAGCUCCGCUCACCAAAUCCGGUGUCUAGUCGCUUUUUCUGUGUUUUUGAUCUACUUUUGUUUUAUGCAGAUUAAGAGAUAAAGUUUGUUUCUUUGUGCAGUUUAUUUAUUUAACAGCGCUGUCAGAUCCAUCCUAGCAUACUGUACAACAACCUAAGAAAUGAGGGAGAACUAGAGGAUUUAUUCUUGUUUCCUGAAGUUAGGAUUGUAGCUUUUAGUUAUUAAAUGGAAGAAUCUAAAUUUUACAAGUAUUACUACAGAUUUAACACUAACCCUGAUAUCGUUCAUAUUUAAAGCACAAUUUAAUAUUGUUUUG